AACAAAGGUGCUGGUCUGGGAAAGGUCACACCUAAACCCUAAUUAACAUUAAGAAAGUCAAGUACCCUUGAAUCCCUGUUGAUGCAUAACCUGUUAGUCAGGGAGGACAGUUUUGGUGGAGACGCAGACAUGAAGACUGGAACUUACGGGGAACUUACUGUAACUAACUGGUAUAUGCUAGCAUCAUUUAAAUGGACCAAUCAGGAGAGACUUCUAGACAGUUCUAGAAGACACCCCUCCCUCCUGUAUGUAAGUUGGCUUCAUUACGGCACAGGUAGACACAGGGCCAGGAGGGGAGUGACCACCGUACCAGAUCAGAGGGAAUCCUGACAUCACGGACCAGGUGCCUUAGCAAACCUUAGGAGAGCACAUACAAGAGGAACAUAUAAGUACUCUGACGCUUGGUUCCAUUCCCUGGAAGAAUGGCUGCAGGAAGGAAGAGCCUUAUCCUCUGCUUGUUGGUGCAACACUUUGUCCUGCUGCACGGAGCCAAGAUCCUGACAGUAUGCCUUGCAGGUGGAAGCCAUUAUCUGUGGAUGGAUAAAAUCUCCCGUAUUCUUCACAACAACGGCCAUGAAGUAACAAUGUUCCGGCAGACUGCAGAUCAUUUCCUACCAGGUUACCCAACGCCUGAUAGCCCUUACAGAGUGGUCAUCUGUUCUAUGGAUGAGACUUGUCAGAAAGAAUUUAUUGCAUUUUUUAAAGAGGACCUCAAACUAUACUUCAAGGGCAGACAUAAUCUUUCUCUUUUGGAUUUUAUGGCCCAGUUAUCACUCCAGUGCAAGAUGAUAUUUAACCAGACAUCCAUCAUAAACUUAUUAAAGGAGGAGAAGUAUGACAUUGCGGUGAUAGAUUCUUUCAAUCCCUGCUCCUUUCUGGUGUCUGAAAAGUUAGGAAUCCCCUUCAUUGCUACUCACCCCUUUGCACUAAAAAAUGCUUGGCAUUCAGGAAUACCGAACCAGCUGUCCUAUGUGCCAGUGUUCCAAACCCAACUAACCGACCACAUGGACUUCUUUGAACGGGUGAAGAAUGUUCUUAUGUACAUUGGAUCACGUGUAGAGGAGAGUAAAAUUCACUCAUUAUUUGAUGAUGUUAUUGAGGAACAUUUCCCAGCAGGUUCCAGACCAACCUUUGUGGAACUCUACAAGAAAACUGCACUCUGGAUGUAUAAUACAGACUUUACUUUAGAAUUUUCUCAUCCUUUUUUUCCAAAUGUUCUGUACAUUGGAGGCUUAUUGGCAAAACCAGCAAAUCCUGUCUCACAGGAAUUGGAAGAUUUUAUCUCCCAGUCAGGAGAGCACGGGUUUAUCAUUGUGGCAUUUGGGUCGAUGGUAUCUUCCAGUCCUUUCACUGAGUUUGUGAAGGAAAUGAAUGACGGUUUUGCAAAAAUCCCGCUAAAAGUCAUCUGGAGAUACCGAAUAUCAGAGUGGCCGAAAGAACUGCAAUUGGCACCGAAUGUUAAAAUAAUGGAUUGGAUUUCUCAGAAUGAUCUCCUGGGACACCCCAAGGCUCGUCUUCUGGUCACUCACGGAGGGAUAAACAGCGUGCAGGAAGCUAUCUAUCACGGGGUACCUAUGGUGGCAAUACCACUCUUUGGAGAUCAGUUUGACAAUGCAGUACGGAUAAAGGCAAAACAUUUGGGAACAUUUAUUCUGCCAGGUCAACUCAAGGCUGAAAAGUUUGUAAAUGCUAUUAGGCAUGUAAUAGAAGAUGAAAGCUACAAGAACUCAGCAAUGCACUUCAGCCUGAUACAGAGGUCACAGCCGUUUCCCAAGGAGCAGCAAAUAGUGCGAUGGGUGGAGCACAUUGUAACAGUGGGAGGAGCCAAUCACCUUAUUCCAUACUCCUACCAGCAACCCCUGUAUCAGCAGUAUCUUCUGGACGUCAUUUUAUUUGUGUGUGUGUGUUUCAUUGGGGCCUGUUACCUUACUGUGAAGGUACUGAGGCUAUUCAUCCAAAGGCUUUGUUCUGUUGGAAAGCUAAAACAAAAUUAAAGAUAUUUUAAUUUAAAUCUGUUUCUUUCAAUACGGAUAACAAGACUGCAUAUACUACAGCCUGACAACAAUAACAUCUCUUCACAAAUAUGUAAUCAUACAGUUAUGUUUUUAACAAUAAAAUAUCCAUAAAACUCUGAA